AAAUUUAUUUGGUUUCGGGGGUUUCUUGGGUACGUCGCUUCGCUGUUUUAAGUUGGUCCCUGAUUGGUCCUAAACUCUCGUGUGCCAAACAUGUUGGACAUGUUUCGAACGAGAUGGAGCAGCCCAUUGUCUUUGACAUUCACGGCCGUCGUCAUUUUGCUGGCAGCCGGUUAUUAUUGGGUGUGGUGUCGUUAGAUCGUUUCGUUCGCCUCAUCGACGCCAUGCCCGGACCGAAACCACUUCCCAUAUUGGGAAACCUCCUCGACGUUGCCAAUAUUCCUCUGGACGAGAUUGUACUGAGCGUGAGCCGCUAUAAUAAUCCCUUGAAUAAUCCUAUUUACAAAUUGUGGAUCGGUUUCUAUCCAGCGGUUGUCGUCGCCCAUCCUGAACUGUGGAAACCGAUUUUAUCGAGCCACAAACUGUUGGCAAGGCCACACGAAUACAAGUUUUAUUUUCCUGAGAACAGCCUCACGAAUUUAACAGGCGAGAUAAAACAACACUGAAAAUCAUUUGCUAUUUCAUGUAAUU